AUGCACGUGCUCCCUCUGGAUCCUAUGGACAGGGCUUCUAUGCUCGCAGUUAGCCAUUGCAGAGCGCUUGCCUUCGAAGGGAAGGAGAUUUCAGCUCGACCCAACGAUCUUAUCGCCUCCAGGUUCGAGAGGCUGGAGAUCCUCAAGGCUAGGAUAGUGAAAUUCGACGACCUUUGCUCUGCGGAGGACAAGGAGGCAGCGCGGACGAUCUUUGGAAAGUCGGACGAGGAGGCUGCACGUCAAUGGGAGGUGCUUGACACGCUCUGGACAUGGCAGUUCACCCCGCCUUUCACGGUCUCGGCGUUGGAGAUUUUCUACUCAAAGAGGCGGUGA